AUGGACCCCGGGAGCGGAACUACUGGAAUGCAGGAAAGCUGCUUAUUUUUGAUUUACACGUGCUCUGCGUUCAGGAUGGGGUGGAGAUUCGGACAUGGUGCGGCACUGGAAGAUUUCACCAUCAUUAUACGCUCGUUCGGAAAGGAGCUUCAACGUGUGCGUGGCCAUGGUCCAUGGAGGAGGAUUUGGAAGAGAAUGUGUAUAUGUUUGUUCAACAGGGAUAUAUAUAUCAAUUAUCCAAGCCAACUUGACACAGCCGGGUAG